GGUCGGAGGGAGCUGUCGACGCCGCUCCGCCAGGUGCCCGUGACGCCCCAGACGGCCUCGGAGCUGGUGCGGCUAGCGCUGCGGCCGGCCGACGCCGACUCGGACGCCGACAGCGACGUCGGCGACGAGCACGACGAGCACCUGUCGGAGUCGCUGCUGGAGCGGCUCGAGCAGUGCGAGCUGUUCGAGCUCACCACCGCCGAGCGGCUCGAGGUGCUGCGCGUGCUCGUGCACCGGCUGCUCGACACCGAUUCUCUGGCCGACCGGCACCGCGAGCUCUGCCUGCGCAGGGACGCCAUCGCGCGCGACCUGAAGGCCCAGCGCAAGGAGGAGGAGGCGGCGGCGACGGCGGCCGCGGCCCCCCAGCCGGCCGCCGCCGCAGCCGGCGCCGAGGCCGGCCACCCGGAGAGCCCGGCGCCGGCAGCGCCGCCGGCCGACGGCGCCGACACCUCCAUCGGAGACGGAGACGACCUCGCCUCGAGAACCAAACGGUCCCGGAGAAACCUGGAGCAGGCGCGCCGCGAACGCGAGGAGCGCGAGCGAGAGAAACGGGAGAGGCGUGAGAAGGAGCUGGAGGCGGAGCGGAAGGCGCUGGCCGAGGCGGCGCUGGCGCGCGAGUACCAGUCACUGAAGGCGGAGGCGGCGCGCGUGCUGCGCCGGGCGCCACUCGGCCGGGACCGGCACCACCGGCGCUACUGGCUGCUGGACAGCCUGCCGGACGGUCUGUACGUGGAGGCCGGCUGGGCGGACCGCCAGACCACCGAGUACCGCGUGCAGCCGGCCACCGACCACCACACGUCCUCUGACGAGGACGACCAGCCGCUCACCGUCGUACAGCGGCGCAGCCUGCUCGAAAAGGACCAGACGACGGUGCCGGAGCCGGCCGAGAACCGCUGGUUCUGCUAUACCACCCUGCCGGAGCUGGAGCAGCUCCGCGCCGCCCUGGCGCUCAAGGGCGAGCGCGAGGCGGCGCUGCGCGAGGCGCUGGCGGCUCACGACGAGCGGCUGCGCACCGCGCUGGCGGCCAAACCUGAACCAGUACCUGAAAAGACGAGUUUGACGGAGGCCACACCUUCCGCCGAGCCUGCGAAGAAUACUCGAACGACCCCCACCAAGCCGGAAACGUCUGCUGAAACAGGCGACGUCGAGGCGGGUGCGGUCAAGGCCCCGGCCGAGGCCGGCGUUGAUUCUGACAACAAGACGGAUGUGAAGGUGGAGGCGGACGCGAAUGCCAACACAGAGUCUGUCCGGGAAAGCAGAACGGAGCCCGAUGAGCCCAGGCCCCGGACGGACCCGGAGCCGGAGGCGGAGGCCCGGGUGGACUCCGGGGCGGCCGGCAGCGCCGGAGCGGCGGCGGCGGCUGACCAGGAGGAGGCCGGCGGCUACCAGUUCCUCAUCUCCACGCUGAAGGAGGACAUUCUGGGCAUCGAGGAGGAGCUGUCGGCCGGCUGGCUGGGCGCCGUGCCCGAGCCGGCCGAGUGGGCCGAGCGUGUGCUGGCGGCCGAGACGGCCGACCGGCUGGGCGCCGCCGUGCUCGAGUGCGAGCGCCACAUCCGGCGCGACGUGCUGCAGGGUCCGCUGGCGGCCGGCGGCCAGCGCUGGGCGGACGCCGUGCGCGCCUGCCGCACUCUCUCCCGGCUGCACGUGCUGGUCGGCCUGCUGGACUCGGCCAUCCGCUGGGACCUCUCCACCGCACAAAAGAAAUGCCGCGUGUGCCGGCGGCGUGGCGAGGGCGCGGUGGCGCUGUGCGCCGUCUGUAAGCAGCUCUACCACUGCAACUGCCUGCGGCCGGCGCUGCUCGAGGUGCCCGGCGCCGAGUGGCAGUGCUACGGCUGCCGGCCGGUGCCGCCGACGCCGCGCCACGGCCGCCGACAGCGCGCCCGCAGAUACGUCGACGACGAGCCGCUCUACGAGGCAUAA